AUGGAAGAGCACCCCGAUUCAACCAUUAUCGACGAAAACCCAAUCGGCAGCGGUCUUUCUGCUUUCUUGCAUGCAUUCAAAUCGACCUGCAGAGACCCUACUUGCAAGCUGCAAGCAGUGGACGAGCUCGAGGUGGACGAUCUUCAAGACCUUGUCUUGAUCCUUCUUUCAACACUGCGGAUUCUUCCUGCUGCACGCCUACUUCCUACAAGGACAGGUAAUGGCACUCGUCGAGACGAUCUUUUGAGACUGAAUACAUCAAUUACAUCUAACGACUUCGACCUCAAUCGAGCCAAACCUCUCCUGAAAGCAGCUCUUGCCGACCACCCUGACGAUGAGCUGAUUUGGCGUCAAGUCAGCAACCUCGCCAUCGAAGAUACCCCACCUCCGCGAUCGAUAGCGUCUUCACUUCAACAAACCCCCUGGCUGCACAACACGAGCAGCUUUGCAAACUCAUCUGAGCACCGCCGAUAUGUUGACGAGGUACUGAAAGAGGAGCUCGGCACCAUGUAUGUAGGGCUCCCCGGCUUUCGAGACGCAUAUUUCGGGAGCCUAGCAGGACUUGAAGCAGCAUCCAAGGAGUUCUUCGAUCAGUGCCUUGAUAGUAACGAUCCUUUCUUCCAAGACGGCUGGAAGGGAUGGCCUCAGGACGCAAACGAGAAAAGUGUGCUGGAGUGGCUUGCGGACUUUGUCAAGAAGCUAGCACUGUUUGCAAAGACACAGACGCCAAAUACGACACAUCAACGAGACCUCCUAGCACAGCCCAACACCACAAUGCAGGGCUCUAGAGCAGAUCGCAAACUGGAUGUUGGGUUUAUCGACAAGAUGAAGCCUGGCCAAGAGCCCGGAUACCACUGGAAGCAAAUACUGGUACCUGGAGAACUCAAGAGCAAUCCAACUGCGGACACGGCCUCCAAGGCGUGGCUCGACCUUGGGAGAUAUGCGAGGGAGAUGCUUGCUGCACAGGACACCCGGCGCUUUGUCCUGGGCUUUACACUCUGCGGACCUCUCAUGAGGGUGUGGGCAUUUGACCGGCUUGGAGCCAUUGCGUCAGAGCGGUUUAACAUCAAUGAAGAUGGGCAGCAAUUUGUGUCCACAAUACUGGGGUUCCUUUGGAUGGACGAAGAAGCCCUAGGGUUUGAUCCAACAGUCAUGACAUUGAACGGCGAACGCUUCAUCGAAAUCGAGCGGAAUGGUUCCACAGAGCGGAUCGUUCUUGAUAGGUUGAUCCUACGGGCACGCUGUGUCGCUGGCCGGGCUGCAACUUGUUGGAAGGCCCACCCCGAAGGGCAUCCGGAGACGCCGCUUGUUGUCAAGGAUUCAUGGCAAUACCUUGAACGUGGUGAGGAAGGCAAGCUCUUACGUGAAGUGACGAACAAAGGCGUCGUGAAUGUGGCCCGGUAUUAUCACCACGAAACGGUCCAGGUUCAUGGGACAAACGAUGAUAUCUGGAACAAUGUUCGACGUGGCCUAGAUGUCACGGCAGCGACAAACUACCGACCAGGACAACAGAUGCCACCAAGCAACAAAGCAAAAGAUGCCCCGCGGAAGGGCCGCAGCAGCACCAGCAGGAAGCGCCCGUCCAGCCAAACCGAUUCCGCUUUGCCCCCAAGCAAGCGAUCCUGCUCUGUGUCUCCCACAAAGGCUGCAAGUAUACCACCAAAUCGGGUUCAUCGACGUAUCAUUCUCCAGGAUUAUGGCUGCAUUGAGGGCCACGAGUCUUUGUACAAGGCUGGCAUCCUCCACAGAGAUAUAUCCAUCAACAAUCUCAUGAUCAAUGAAGAUAGCGAUAACCCAUCCUGGCCUGAGUUCUUGAUCGACCUUGACCUUGCUAUUCGGGAGCAGCGGGAGGGUGCUUCGGGCGCCAAGGGAAAGACUGGUACAAGGGCAUUUAUGGCCAUCGGGGCACUGCUAAGCGAGCAGCAUUCGUUCAUGCAUGACCUGGAGUCGGUAUUCUGGGUCCUUUUUUGGAUAUGCAUUCAUUACGAGCAGGAUGGUAAAGAUGUUGGGCCGACUGAGUUUGACAGUUGGAAUUAUGACAGCGACCACAAGUUAAUUCUAUCAAAGAUUGCCCGCAUGUCGGCUGUGGCCAAUGAGCUCGGCUCCGGCCAGCCUGGCGGGUUCCAGAGUGUGUGGUUCACCCUGUCAUUGGGCGACGAUGCCAACGUGAUGGACUUUGCUGUGAAGAGAUCCUACGUCCUGAACAAAAAGAAAUUCGGAGACCCUAUCGCUGUUGACCUGGACUUCAACACUGCAUGA